AUGGUAGAAUUCCUAUAUACCGGAGAUUACGGCUCGCCGCUUCACGAAGCUCAGGAGACGAACGAUGCCUCUGUAGCUGGCUCAACAGCAUCAGAUGACGACCUCUUACAACACGUAUACCUUAAUUCGAUUGCAGAUUACUACGGCAUUAAAGCGCUUGCUGAACUCAGCAAGGCAAAACUUCAACAAGCAUCAGAAAAUGCAUCAACUAAAGCAGCAUUGCUCGAUGCGGCAAAAGAGGCACUGGGCCGAACAGGAGACACAACAUUACAUACUAUGCUGGCUGAAGCAACUGCAAAAAAUAUCCGGCAAUAUCUGGAUACAGAUCAGUUGGCUGAGCUAGUUGGAAAUUUCGGCAUCAAAAUUCUUCGAAACAUUAUUGCCGCAGAAGAUACAAUGCGAUCCAAUAUUACCCAUCUUCUCUUUGAACUUGAAGUUGAAAGAGCUCGCCACAAGGGUGCUGAAGCAAGGUCUGCUCAAAUCGUGGAAAACAUCAAUAACUGUAUGAAAACGCUGGAGGAAAGAAAAGAAUGUCGAAAUCAGAGCUGUCGAGCGGAUUUCAACUGCUACAUUGAACAGCGUGGUCAGGCCUUUGAGCCUUUGUUUGUACUUCGCUGUGCCGAGUGCCGAUGCCGGCAUUAG